AUGUUAACAAAAAGAAAAUCAGCAGCAGUAGGUGGUACUAUGUACUGCACCCGACUGGUAGCAUCGUCGCCUGGUCAGUUGUAUAGUUGGCCAGCUGGAGUUGGCGUGGCGGCCUCCGUCACGCUAAUCCGCAAUAAGCGCGGCGAGAAACCUUUCAAAUGCGAGCACGAGGGCUGUGAUCGCCGCUUCGCCAACUCCUCGGAUCGCAAAAAGCACUCACACGUGCACACAUCCGACAAACCAUACAAUUGUCGCAUCAAUGGCUGUGAUAAAUCUUACACUCAUCCCUCGUCCCUGCGUAAACACAUGAAGGUGCAUGGCAAUAUCGAUGAGAAAUCUCCCUCACACGGCUACGAUAGCGACGGCGAUGAGUCCUCCUCCUCGAGCAUUGUUACCGGUGGCGCACAAACGCCACCAUCAGCGCGGCUAACUGGCGACAACCACAGCGGCAUCGGUAAUAAAUCCUCUCCGCAUUCCAUCAAAUCGGAACCGAGCAAUCACAGCAUCGGCGGCAUGCAUGGCGUCAUACAUUUGGGUGCAUCUAGCGGCGGCAGCAGCUCCACCAGCAGUUCACAUUUACAUCACUCACAUGCGCAUCAUGGCUCCGGCAGCGGUGGCGGCGGUAACAGUAGCGCGAGCAACAACAACAACCAUUCGACCAAAUCACCAGCACUUCAAUUGAUGGCCUCAUCGGCGGCAGCCUAUUUGGCACCACCACUCGGCCCACCACCAUCCUUGACGGCCGCCGGUACGCAUCAUCAUCAUCAGCAAGCGGGUUCGCCAAGCAGCAGCAAUGCUGCGGCCGCUUCGAUGCUUGUCACCGGGCAUCACAAUCAUCAUCUGCUCUAUCAUCCGGCGGCGCAACACCAUCCGCCUAGCGAUUGGUAUCACACAGCAACGCCGCCGGCAACCGCUGACGCAAUGAAUCCGUUGAAUCAUUUCGGUCAUCAUCAUCAUCAUCACCAUCUGAUGCAUCCGGGUGCGGCGACUGCCUAUUGAAAUUGGUGAGGUGGUCAAGAGUGGGUGCGGGUAAAAG